CUUCGUAUUUCAUUUUUCUCUUUUAGGUUUUUUUUUUUUAAGAUUUGCCUUGCCAUAUAAGCAAUACAACCAUGGCAAGGAUCUCUCUGUUGUUCUCUUUAGCCUUCUCUCUCGCCCUUGGCUCAUUGUUCCUUUCCGUUUCCGGUCAUGCACCACCCGCGCCGAUUAGAAAACAGUUAUGUCCAAAAACCGUAUCCGAGCUCCAGACCUUACCCUUUACCCAAAUCAUUGACAUGCUCUCCAGGAAAGAAAGGUUGGCCCCGAAAACCCCUGAGUUCAAGGCAAUGUUCACAAUGUGCAAAGGCUAUGUUACGUACCUCGAGAGCCUCUACAAGUUUGAGAAUCCCAUCGUAGAUGUUUUGGGAAUCGCCAAGGCCAAAUACGCCCUAAUGACCAAAGCGAUUCUUGCGGCGCGAGCAAGUGUUAGCGGUAAAGUAGACAAGAAAACAUCCGUGAAGCUAAGGAAAAGCUGUGCUGCUUUGACAAAAGGGUUUCUUAAGAUUCAAGAAACGAUCGUAACGAUCUCAGCCAAGCAUGAUUUCAAGGCUGAUGCUAAGAUUAAUGUCCAAGAAUCGAAAAACAUCGGUGACGCUAUGAAAUACUUCAAGAAGUCGAUCAAUGCUUUCAUGGAUGUAGUUAAAGAACUUGAGAAGAAGAAGAUGAAGAAAGUUGGUCUUCAUGCAAGAACACUUGAAGAAGAUAGAGAUGGUGAACGACGACAAGUGAAAAAUGCUUUCGAGAGAUGGAUGAGGGAGUUUGCGGACAAAUACGGUGGUUAUCUAGGAGGAAGAAGAGAACUAAGUGAAGCUGAUUUCAAUGCCAACUCUCAUGCUGGUGCUGAUGCCAAAACCAUUUACGAGAAAUUUUCUCACUACUUUGGUGGUUAUCUCGAAGGUGACCAUUCUCACGGAAGACAAUUAACCGAAGCUAAAACCGCCGGUGGAAAGGUCAACGGUACUGACCAAAGCACGUUGGACAAAUUCUCUAGGUUCUUUGGUUCUUUUCUCAGUGGAAAAGCACACGGAAGAGAAUUAGCCGAAGCUCCAACCGCCAGUGGAAAGGUCAACGGUACUGACCAAAGCACAUUGGACAAAUUCUCUAGGUUCUUUGGUCCUUUUCUCAGUGGAAAACCACACGGAAGAGAAUUAGCCGAAGCUCAAACCGGAGUCAACGCCGGAGCUCAGGCUGACGGAAAAGUCAGCGGAAGGUUUGAGGAAAUUACCAAGUACUUCGGUCCUUGGUUCGGAGGUAAGUCUCACGGCAGGGAAUUAACCGAAGCCGGAGUCAACGCCGAAGCUCAGGCCGACGGAAAAGUCAACGGAAGGUUUGAGGAAAUUACCAAGUACUUAGGUCCUUGGUUCGGAGGUAAGUCUCAUGGCAGGGAAUUAACCGAAGCCGGAGUCAACGCCGGAGCUCAGGCCGACGGCAAAGUCAGCGGAAGGUUUGAGGAAAUUACCAAGUACUUUGGUCCUUGGUUCGGAGGUAAAUCUCACGGUAGGGAAUUAACCGAAGCCGGAGUCAACGCCGGUGGUAAAGUCAAAGGUUCAUAUGAAGAGUUCUUGAAAUAUAUUGGUGUUGGAGUUGGAGGUAAAUUUCAAAUCGAUGGCGCCGGAAAGAUGAAAGUCGCCGGAGGAGAUGGAUUCAGGUCAUUGAACCGGGCACAUAAAAAACAUCUUGUUUCCAUGGAGGCAUAAUAUUUCUUUACAACAGACGAAGGAAAGCCAUGAGUUCAUCUAUAACUAGUUUGUUUUAAUUACUUUUAUUUGAUGAUGAUGAUUUUAAAAAUACCAAGGAAGGGAACAUGCACUGCGAUAUGUAUCUUUAUGUAACUAAACUAAAGUUGCAACAUAUCUAAUAAAAAAAAAUUCU